AUGAUGCUUUUUCAAGGACUUGUCAAUCAAAGCGAAAGCGAUCCAACACGACGUUGUACGAUGGUCAUUGCGUUGAUCCGGAGCUCGGCCGACCAGAAAACGACGGAAAUCGGGAUGGUGGAGGAGAAGAGAGUCAUCGGAUCGAAGGACACGCCGGAACUUGCGACGUCGAUCACAACAAUUGCCCCAAGGGUUUCAAAUGCAGCAUCUUUCAUGGUGUCACCCCCGCAGGAGUGUGCUACGUCAUCCGAAUGCCACCAAUAUCACAACACCAGUUACCGCUGUAUUGACAAUGCAUGCGUCAUAGCCGAGGAGCCGAUAUUUGACGAUUCCGUACCCAUCGACCUCGCCGCAAUACUUCCAGAGGAUACCUACACCAGCUGGGAUGGCAAAAGAACCUUUUCUCGGGCUAACUGGGAAAAGUCCGAACCGGCGGAAAAAUUGCUAAUCAUUUGGAGCUACACCCCAGCUAUUACCGACGUCAUAAAAUGGGACCGCCUACUCUUCGAGUGCGAACCGUUCUAUGGACCGAGGGUGCUCGAUUUCUUUAUGGCUACAUAUUCGAAUCCGUUUGAUGUGGUGCUGUAUCCUGCGAGGGGCGUUACAACGCAACUGUAUCAAGAAUUUUUCGAGCAAGUGGCGCACGAUGAUUGGGUGCUAUUGCCAUAUGAGGGGCGGCGGACGGCAUUAACAUUCGCGAUGUCAAACAAAGAUAAUAACGCCUCGGAUGCUUGCAACCAAUUCUUUUUGGUGUGGGGUUGUGGCCGAUGGUUGAGCAAUAAGGCUCAAUACCGUUCCCGAGAAAAGGGAUUCCUUACCCUCGAAUACUUCAACGAUGAGUGGAUGACGCAGGGCAACGACACAUGCCUGAUCAAGCGCACCGAAGAA